CAGUUUACUGUCCACGCCAAUCAGUCAGACUUUAACCACGGUGAGAGCACAUCACUUAAUUAGUUACUUUCGCUGUAAACUUGAGCAAAACACACAAAAUGGAUCACAAAUGGAUUGCCCGCAACGUCAGGGAUCAUCUGCCGCCAUUGGCCAUCGUCGCCGGCUACGAUUCCAACAGGGAUCCCAUCUAUGUGGCUCGCGCCCGUCACAAUGGCGAAAUGCUGCCUGCCAAGUUCAUUCCCAACAAGAAACAGGCCUACGUCUCCUGGGGCGGCAAGGAGAUCACCAAGAAUGACUUUGAGAUCCUGACCGGUCACAAGCACAGCUGGCACCCCGCCAAGGGCGGUAAGGUACACCCCGGUGCUCUGCGCGCUGGUCAAACCUCCGGUGGCGAGCCACUGUAUGUGGGACGCGCCUAUUUUGCCGGCAGUCUGACACCCGGCAAGGUGCAUCCCUCCCAUGGCUGUCUGUACAUUUCGUAUGGCGGAGCUGAGAAGCGUCUGGAGGAGUAUGAGGUGCUCGUGUGAAUUCAUCGAGCAGCAACAUUGUGCACGGCACCAUUUUAUCAACAUUAUCUUAAAAAUGAACAGCAAUAUCGAUUUAUGGCAUUCUAAAAAUUCUUCCAGAAUAACACUUAUAACAAGCCAUAUACAUAUAUUUUAAAAAUAAACAUAAUGAGUAUAUUGUA